GAAAAUCGUUAUUGCCUUUGCUAUUAUUAUUAUUAUUAUUAUUAUUAUUAUUAUUAUUUAUUUAUUUAUUUUUCUAAUUUUUUGCUUUUCAAUUGCAAAUAAUGAUGGAAAUUGGAAUAUUUUAACUUUUUCUAAUCAAACAAGAAAAAAAAAAACGAAGAGUGACAAACAUGAACUGAGCAGGACAAGCAAGUACAACAAACAAACAAACAAACAAACAAACACAGUGAUAAUAAGUAAACAGACAAACAACAAAAUAACAGCUUUCUUAUGUUUUUCUUGGGUGACGUACAAACAUACAAACAAACACAAGCAAUGGACAGUUUUUCUAUGUUAGUUAAAUGCUCUUCUUCUUCUUCCUCCUCCUCCUCCUCCUCCUCCUCCUCCUCCUCCUCCUCCUCCUCCUCCUCCUCCUCCUCCUCCUCCUUCUCCACGUUUUCUUUUACUUUACUAUUUUUUUUCUGUAUAUGUAUCUAUCUGAGUCUAUCUACCUACCUAUCUGUCUAUCUAUCUAUCUACCUAUCUCUAUCUAUCUAUCUAUCUAUCCAUCUACACUCCUUAUCUUAUCAUCACAACUGAGGCUAAUCCUGCAAAGAGUUACUGAUAUAGAUAAAAAACCAAACUACUACUACUACUACUACUACUACUACUACUACUACUACUACUACUACUACUACUACUACUACUACUACUACUAGGCAUUAUCCAUGAUCGGUGAGGCUUGAUGCUGUAAUAUUACUAGUUAAGGAUCUACUACAAGACUUUCCCCGCUCAAGUCCUUCGCGCCUUCCCGCUAUCCCACCGCUGCCACCAGUGUGAGGGAGAGAGCGAGACGGGCAGUGAGUGUGUACGUGUGCAUGUGUGAUGAGCUGAGUUCAUUAUGUACGUGGUGAUGCAAAGUUAACCAUGGUGUUUGUGUAUAAGAAUAAGUGUGUACAUAAUAAACUGGGAUAAGUGCAGUACAUGUGAUAGUACAGGGUGAAACACGAGCCUAUGCGAGCUUUGCUAGAGGGGAAGGUACAGGUUAUUCUAAAGGGCAAAUGUUCUAUUGGCAGGUGCAGUUUGAGGCGUUCAGCCAUGGUGUGUGAAAGUCAGGUGUGGGUGGGCAUACAAAGGCCAGGCUGGGGUGGAUGGAGGCGGGUAAUGUGAGGACAGUAACCAUGCCGAUGAUCUGAAAGUGAAUAGCAAUCAUGAACAUGAUGAGGUGAUAAACUGCUUGGCGUCAUUUACUGCCCAGGGGGGGAGGGGAGCAAAAGCCAGUAGAAAAGCAGGGGUUGUUAGUCAGAGCACACACUUUCCCUCCACGACAGUGACUAUGAAUACAAUAUAUUCAUAUUGGGUUAGAAAACUUAUACCAGUGCACAGUUGAGUGGGUAAUGUGUAUGUCGCAAUACCACACCUGACCCUCACACCACUGCUAGUAACGCCUCAGAAUACACCUGCCUACAGAACAUUUACUACUUAUACCACACCCUGUACCUUCACCUCUCCCAACAUCCCCACAAACUCAUGUUACACUCUGUAUAAACGUAUAUGUUGUUUCCACUAUUAUUGUUAUUUGUUACUAUUAUUAUUAUUAUUAUUAUUAUUAUUAUUAUUAUUAUUAUUAUUAUUAUUAUUAUUAUUAUUAGUGUUUAUUUUUAUUUUUCUGGAAGUUUAUGGAUUUUUUCCUGAUUAUAAAAUUUUCUUCGUUUUUCUUAAUUUCAUUUUUUUGGUUUGCAUAAACGUAAAAUUAUAAAGAGUUAGAAACUGCAUUAUUAUUAUUAUUAUUAUUAUUAUUAUUAUUAUUAUUAUUGGUGGCAGCACUUUAUUGGUUCAUUUACGUAUUUUAAUUGUUUAUGUAAUAGCGUGGUGUGAGGGAAGGCCACAACACAAAGAGCGAGGGAGGAGCGGGAAGUCUUGGUCUGUGUGACUACAACAAGCUGUAAAAAAUUGACUUGUGACUUGUGAACAGUUUACAGAUAUUUGGUGAAUAAAAAAUGUUACUUUAUCGAAUUUUUGUAUCAUAAGGACUUCGUUUACUUGGUUUUCUAUUGGUUCAAAUGUUCUUCUUUGUGCCGUGUUAUGAAGCACUAAUAACCCCACUAUUUCAACAGGCUCUCUCUCUCUCUCUCUCUCUCUCUCUCUCUCUCUUGCUGAUGAUUAAACUUUUGCGAAGCGCACUCACAUACACACAUCAAAUCUUACUUCUUAACAAAGGCAGAAACAAAACAAGCCUACGAUAGAUAAUACGUAGAAAACAAGAAUAACAGAUUACAUACACGGAAAAGAAUAAAUAUAUGACGUAAUUAAAUCAUAUCAUAUUUGUCUUCCUGUAAGUUCUAUACAUAGGAGACAUAUCACACUAUUAUCUCCUGCUCCUUCCCUCUCUCUCUCUCUCUCUCUCUCUCUUAAUGUCAUAGGGUCACGGAAGGAAGAUCCAGUCUCCACCAGUGCCUCAGAAUGUCGUCUGGUGCCAACUGUCUGUCUGUCCGUUGUCUGAAGGGGGAAGAGUUUGCAGACAAGGCUUGUGUCCAAUCCACCGAUUCCUGUCAACUCUCCAUCGUCUGUCUUGUAUUGGGUGUCUCGGCGCUGCUCAUCCUCGCUCUGUCCAGCCUCUCCUCCUGCCUCCUACUCCACUGCAGGAAGCCCCCACGUCAACAACCCCCUCACCUACGCCCACAAGCCCUCAACCUACGCCCACAACCCCCUUACCUACACCCACAGGCCUGUCAUCCACGCCCACGCCCCAGCACGCCUGUAGUUCACUUUACGGCCCCACACACGCCUCGUCUUAAUGGCGGCGUGGCUAACAAGGCAGAGGAAGCUAUUUCUGAAACUCUCACUCUCUCGCCCUCGAAUGGUCUCACUAGUCAUGAUAGUUUUAAUAGCAUAUAUGGGAUGGACUUCACUGACUGACUGACUGGCUGGCUGACUCAUUUCUUCUCUAUUUCUUCUUUUUUUUUUUAUAUAUAUAUAUAAGAGGGACACUGCCCAGGAACUACGUACAGUGAAAUAAAAGGUGCCAUAAAGGUGCCAAAAGAAAGGCCAGAAGAUAAUGCAAAAUAUCAGGAUCUGUGUGUUGAAGCCUCCCUCCUGAAAGAGUUCAAGCUAAAAGGAAGCAGAGAAGCAGGCAGGGAGUUCCAUAGUGUGCUAGAGAAAGAGAUGAAUGGUUGAGAGUACUGGUUAACUCUUGCAUUACAGAGUUGGACUGAGUUGUGGUACGCAUAUAUAAGAUUCCAUUGUGAUUUAUGGUAACAGUGAUAAUAACAUACAAGUGGCAGUAAUUGUUUGUUUUUUUCCUUUAUUUUUGCGGAACUGUUUUUUUUUUUUUUACUUUCUUAUUCUUUUGUGCGAAGAAAUUUAUGUAUGGGAUUCCACUGCUUACUACACACAUGCACACACAUACACAGACUGCUGAGUGAAAAAGCCCUACACAUUAAGAGGCUUGCCCAUUUAAACACACACACACACACACACACACACACACACACACACACACACACACACACAUACUCACAUUUCAUUAUCUAUUUUGUCUAUUUAGAACUAAGCACAUAAAGAAAACAUUGAUAUAAAGAUAAAUUGUCUAAGUUUUAUACAUUUCAUGGCACAGAUAAACCUUUACGUGUAUCACCUCAGUAUGAACAUAGAAGAUUUGAUAUUAUUGGUCCAACAUCUCAAAAUGAACACUUUAUACUCUCAAAAAAAUGCUAAAUAAUUGUAAAUCUCUUAUAGACACCAUUAAAUAUAUAUAAAGAUA